UAGCCACCUUACAUUUUAUUUUAUUUUUUGCUAGAAACCUUACAUUUCAUUCUUGGUUCGUUAAUUGCAGUUACAUUUCCCGCGGCACCAUAAGCGCCAAACCACACCUGAAUCCCCUAUUAUCCAAGCAAAAAUUUUCUCACCUUUUUCUCAUUUACUUCACAAAUUUUAGACUUUUUAUUAUUAUUCUUUUUUUUCCUGUUAUAUAAAACCACUCAAUCUUUGUAACCCAUGUUUUGGUUUUAAAUUGUUUUUGAAGCUCAAUUUUGUUCUCUUCUCAAUCCCUAAAUUACCAUCUCCUUUUGUGACAAUGCAUUCAGCUUCUUCUGUGAAUCCCCAUCAAGGAAAAGCAUCAAGGCAACCAAGAAUCCAUAUAUGUGGUGAAAAUUGUGAAUCUGGUGAGGAGAUGAGUUCUGGAGGUCAAAGUCAAGGCUCUCAGUCGAUUGCUGACCUUGGUUUACAUGUGGUUCUUGAAUCUGACAGAGUCAACAGAAAUAUUUUCUCUCUGCCUAUAUGUUCAACCACUUACCAAAGAUCAAAUCAAGCUUUUAAGCCUACAAGACAGAUUUCAAACAAGGAACACUGUAAUUUUGGUUCAGAUUGUGUGUGCAUUUUUUUUUCAAAAUUUUCAAGCCGAAAGUGUAUGUGGAUGGGGAAAAACUCCUUAUCAGAAGUAUCAGUUCCAAGGAGCUCACUUCCACUUUCACUAGCCAACUCAAGGAGUAUAAAAAGUUUCAUCUAUGAGAAUCCAGGCCUCAGAUUAUCUCACAUAUUCAGUCAUAUUGGAAAACUCCUCUCGGGUUCUGAAAGUGUGCCUGAUUCUGAAACUUUAUCCACUUUAAUCUUUAGUUCUACUCUUCGUUUCCAAUCUUCACUUUUUCGAAGUCCUUUUGGACUAUUACAAACACUUCUUAGGUCUCUCUUAUCAGCCAUUCGGUUCCCCUCUAUAAGAGGAAAUUCCAUAUCUCAGCUACCACAAUCUUCUAGUUCCUCUGAAGAUAAUCAGCUGCGGAAUGAUGCUCAAAUUGAUCUUGUGAGACAAAUAGUGAUGGAAUCAGCUCUUUAUCUGUACAGUUUGGCUGGUAGCUUGUUAGAAGGUUCAACAUCGUUAACAGUUGUAACAGCUAACAACAGAUUGGACUUCAGGAUUGUAAUAGAGGAUGUUCAAGCUCGUAACCACUCACCUCUGUACAAUAUUAAUGGCAUGCACAACCAUAAUUAUGGAGAUAUGUGGCUUGAUGUGGAUGGAAUGUCAUACGAGGAGCUAUUGUCUUUGGAAGAUCGUAUAGGUUAUGUAAGCACAGGGUUAUCUAAGGAAGUGGCUCAUGCAUCACUCAAGCAUGGUAAAUACUUCUUGUUUGCAGAAGAAAAUGCUCCAAAAGAAUUUUGUAGCAUCUGCCAGGAGGACUAUGUGGAAGAGGAUGAGCUGGGCACACUAGAUUGCAAUCAUGGCUUCCACAUUGCUUGCAUCACACAAUGGCUCGGAUAUAAAAAUAUCUGCCCUAUAUGCAAGUCUACUGGUUUAUGUACUUCAGGGCCCUCUUUUCCAAAUGAAUCUAAUCUUUAAAGUAUUUCAUCCAAAGUUAAUUUUCUGUGCGUUUAAGAUAUUUUGGUACCGGAAAACCUUAAGAAUGGAAGUAGAAGCAGGAAGUCACCGUGGUCUACAAUAUUGGCUUUAUAAGGUUAGCAGGUAUUUUCUAACAUAUUUCGGCACUUGCCCUUGUGUACAGAUCCAAUCUUCAAACUUCAGUAAGGCACAUUUUGUAAUGUACAACACACAAAUGUUUUUUCUUUUAGUUUUCUUACCAAAAUAUUUCUUAAAAAAAAUGUCAUUAUAUAAUUACAAUGUACAUAGACGCAAAGCCCUUCACCAACUACUAUCCGAAUGAUACACUGUACUGUAUAGCAAUUUCCAAUAUCCUCUGGGUAUUUAUGAAUUUUUUCUUUUUUGUCAAUAGAUUUUUUGGUAAACAGAAACUACAAAUUUUGUAUCCAGAAGUAGCCUAUCUGAGCCAAAAAGCAAAAAACAGAAAAAAAAGAAAAAAGAAAAAAGAA